GAGCGCAGCGGUUGCGUGUGUGAGAGUGUGUACGCAGAAGAGGUACAAAGUUCUUCACACUUUCUCAAACCGGUGAAAGCGCGACGUUGUCAUUUCAGCGCCAACCGGAAUCCUCGGAUUUUACCUGUGAUUAACUGGGAGGAAGGCUAUACAAUCCUCGGCAGUGUUCUGAGACUGUAUAGUCUCGCUUCCUACCACAUUUUAAUCCAGAAUGGAUUUGAUGUAUUUUUUUUUUUAACUAAAAAACAAACCGCCUAACUUUUUUUGUUGUUGUUCUGGGGUUGUUCUUUAGCCUGAACCUGCACACAUAGGAGUUAUUGUUUGUGACUGUCAAAAAUAUCGACGCGACGAAGUGCGCGCUUGUGUGUGUGUGUGUGUGUGUUUGUUUGCAUGUGAAUUUCUGAGAAAGUGCUGGAGCAGCGAGUGUAUGAGGGAUUGGUAACUUGUGAAAGAUGACAGCCGAGAAAGACAAGAAAAGAAGCACUUCAGAGCGGCGGAAGGAGAAAUCUCGCGAUGCGGCUCGCUGCAGGCGCAGUAAGGAGACGGAGGUGUUCUAUGAGCUAGCACACCAGUUACCCCUGCCUCACAGCGUCAGCUCCCAUCUGGACAAGGCCUCCAUCAUGAGACUGGCCAUCAGCUUCCUACGCACAUGCAAGCUCUUCACAUCAGGUUGCAGUACCAGUGAAACAGACAUAGACAGACAGAUGGACAGUCUUUAUUUGAAGUCACUAGAAGGCUUCAUCUCCGUGGUAACAUCAGACGGAGACAUUAUCUUCCUCUCAGAGAACAUCAACAAAUUCAUGGGGCUGACACAGGUUGAACUGAUAGGUCACAGUAUCUUUGAUUUCACUCAUCCCUGUGACCACGAAGAGAUACGUGAAAACCUGAGCCUCAAAACCGGUGUGGGGAAGAAAGGCAAAGACUUGAGCACAGAGAGAGACUUCUUCAUGAGAAUGAAAUGCACCGUGACAAGUCGAGGACGCACCGUCAACCUUAAAUCAGCCAGCUGGAAGGUGCUACACUGCACAGGUCAUCUUAAAGUGUACAACGGCUGUUCUACACGCACUCCAUGUGGAUAUAAAGAGUCACCACUGACCUGUGUGGUCAUGCUCUGUGAACCGAUCCCUCACCCCUCCAACAUUGACACACCAUUUGACAGCAAGACCUUCCUCAGCCGACACAGCAUGGACAUGAAGUUCACCUACUGUGAUGAGAGAGUAACUCAGUUAAUGGGCUACAAUCCUGAAGACCUCCUGGGUCGCUCUGUGUAUGAGUUCUACCAUGCCCUCGACUCUGAAAGUGUCACCAGAAGCCACCAGAAUUUAUGCACAAAAGGACAGGCUGUGAGUGGACAUUACCGGAUGUUGGCCAAGCAUGGGGGCUUUGUGUGGGUGGAGACUCAAGGCACCGUCAUUUACAGUAGCCGCAACUCUCAGCCACAGUGCAUCGUGUGUGUCAACUAUGUCCUGAGUGAUAUUGAGGAGAAGUCCACAAUCUUCUCUAAAGACCAGACAGAGUCUUUGUUGAAGACAAAUAUGAGCAGUUUCUUUAGCAAGGCUAGAUCUCCCAUGGCCUCUGAGACCAGUAGUGCCCUCUUCACCAAGUUCAAAGAGGAACCAGAGGAUCUCAACCACUUGGCACCGACUCCUGGUGAUGAUUUCAUCCCCCUCGACUUUGGUCAUCCUUCAUUUGAGGAAUACCCAAUGUGUUCUAAGGUUUCUCCUAUGCAUCCUCCUGCCACUCACUCGGUCACUGAGGGGCAUAACUUGCCAAUGAUGGGUGCCAGCUUCUCCAUACUCCAGGCUCCACCACCCAGCAGUGCCACUCCCAGCAUAAGCAACUGCUCUACGCCCAGCAGCCCAGAUGAUUACAAAAGCCCAGUGGAUGACCUGAAGAUGGAGAUCACAGAGAAACUGUUUGCCAUGGACACCAAGGGGAAAAACUCCUACAGUCAAGAGACUGAACUGAGUGAUCUGGACCUGGAGACUUUAGCACCCUACAUUCCAAUGGAUGGUGAAGACUUUCAGCUAAAUCCCAUCGGUCAGGAGGAGCCUCUGCCUGAAGCUGUUGCUCUUGGCAUUACCGAGUACAGCUUCAGCAACAUUGCCAACUUCUUCCAGCCAUUGACCCCACCUCCAGGGGCCCACUUCCAGCCCAACCCACACUCUGCUAGUGAGAAGCAGGCACCCAGUACUGCCACAAUGGAGCCCUGGCCCCCCAUAUUUUAUGCCAGCCACAUGCCUCUGGCACACCACACCAACCCAGCCAGCAUACCACUAGCCUCUAUGGGUGGGCAUCAGAGUCUGCAAUGGCCACCUGACCCGCCAAUAAAUUACUCCAGUACCAAAGGUGGUGCGAUAGACUCGUUGGUGGAAAAACACUCAUGCCAAGCUCUGCAAACAAAUCGCAUGUCCCUCCACAAUCAAAGGUCCAUGGAGAAAUACGGACCUUGUAAAGCCUACAGAGACAUAAGCCCAGUCCGGCUCACAAUACCAAACACUAUGAAGCGCUCGUUUUCGAACAUGAGCAUGGGGGUAUCUUCUGCUACCAGGCCAGCAGAGAUGUGGAAAAGGAUGAAGAAUGAAAGCUGUGCCAUUUUGAACAGGAUGUCUCAAAGCAGCAGUGCCUUAACAGGUGAGCACAUGGGCCACCAGCAUAGGAAGACUCAGUAUCAAGGUAAUCAAACAGCGCGGGGGAAAAAAGACUACCCAGAACACUGCUGUAACUACACAGACUACAAGAUGCCGCCUAACACAAAAAUGGAAGGUGUGGCGAGCCGACUGCUUGGGCCCUCGUUUGAGUACUGUCUGCCUGAGCUGACGCGUUACGACUGCGAAGUGAACGUCCCCCUACAAGGCAACCUGCACCUGCUGCAGGGCAGAGACCUACUGUGUGCUUUAGACCAGGCCACCUAGAGCGACCUUGUCAUAGUCAGUUAUCCUAGCUAUAUCACUCACCUUGAGUAUCAACCACAGUCCUGAUUAUAUUCAUGCAGUGUGUUUGAACAUGGUCCUUCAUUACCCUUCCACUGCACAUUGUAGUAUUUUCCUCUCAACAUAUCCCAGUCAAUUCGUCAGCAAAUCACUUCAUGAGCACAAAAUGUGUACAAUAGGGGGACUUAAAUACACAAACGUCUACCCUACCAUAUAUAAUGAGAAUGUAGCUUUCUGUUUUUUUUAAAUUUUUUUUUAAUUGUCUUCAUCUUUAUAAAUUAUAUGCAGUCCUAUACAUAGUAUAAAACAGUAUACACACAUUAUACAGUAUAAUAUUUUAGUUACAAAAAAGCUAUUUCUUAAAGGUGCAAUAGUCAAUUUUCUUUAAUUAUUACUUGUACAAGUAACCUGGAAGAUGUAAAAUGUAAAACAUUAUAAAGUAUAAAGAUAUAAGUCAUGGUUUCAGAACAUGUGUAUUAAGUUGCUGAGAAAUUUGGAAAACUGACUUCUGGUCUGGAAUGCUUAUUUGUGUUUGAAUGUGUCUACUGUCAGUUAUUUUAUGGACACUCAACACGCCACCGUAGAUUCUGAGGGUGGAGCUUCAUGAACAUGGACACGAAUGAGGCUCAAAGAGUUAAUAAAAUCAUUAAAAAAUCUAAACCACCUACUUAACUGUUAGAGACCUAAUGUACCUUUAAUGUGCUGAUUUAUUUUGCAUUUUAUGUUUAUUUUACUUGUCUUUGGCUAUCUGUUUCUGUGCCUUUAGCUACAUUUUUAGUGCACUUCUCUCUUGGUUUCCCUGUCCUACUCUCUUGAAGAAAGAUGAUCUACUGUAAGAGUUUGUCCUUAAACUUUCUGUAUUUCUCUCUAAAUUUCCUACCUCUGACACCUUAAGCCUUUACCUGUAAUAUUUAUGCAUGCUUUAGUGCCUUCUCUAUUCAGUUCAUAAAGUGUUACAGCACUACUUUUCUUUCUGUCUCUGUCACUCUCCCUCUCUGUUUCUCUCACUCUCUGUCCUUUGCAUUUUAUGUCGUGACCACUCUAUAUAGUUUUUAUUUUUGUCAUUUUAGCUGUAUACAUGAUAUUUAAUGGAAGGUUCUCUAAAGUUUCUAUGAUAAAGUUCUCUAUAAUGUUAAACUUGUAGCACUCAAAUACCUGGGUACUUUGUCUUGUCUACUCAGUAGAUGUGGAUCGGAGUGCUGAUUUUAAGCGGUCUGUAGUGCUGGUAUCUGUUCCUUUCUAGUGGCAUUUUUUUCCCUUUGUGAUACAAAAAAAGCAUAUUAUAUUUGUUGGCAGGCCAGUGCAGAUUUCUUUUUACUCUAAUAAGAAAAAAGGAAAAAAAAAAAAGAAAGAAAAAUUAUUAAAAUGAAAAAGUAUGUUUUUGAGAUGUAGCAAAUUAGUAGAAGUUCUAUUCAAUAUUUUCACUUUUAUCAUUUAUUAAUGAUAUGUGUGACAAUUGUGUUAAGAAAUUGUCUUUAAUAAUAAAAACUUUAAUAGUAUUUCUAUUACACUAGCUGAGGUUGUCUUUAAAGUCGAAUAAACUAGUAUAUUAAUGGA